CCUAGGCCUAACAAGUGAGGUGGCCCCCAGGAACCGCUUAAAUUGAAAAAAAAAAUUGAAACGACUAGAGGGAAAAUCAAUCAAUCAAUUAAAAGCCCCACUUUCUCACGACCGGCGCGGGGAUAAAAGGAAAGAAGACGGAGACUGCGGCGCAACGCAAUGGCGGCGAUGAAGAAACCGAAAGUUGAGCAAGGGGAAGAAGCAAAUACCCUGUCAACUCAAAUCCCAGAUGAUAAAGAAGGUCUUAUAGAUUUCAUGGACCAGCGUGCCAACUCCAUCGAAGCCCUUAAAGACCAGCUCUCAAACCUCGAGAGAAAGCUCUCUGAAGAGAGAAGACUGAUGGCAGAUGCGGAAGCCAAGUUUCUACGAGUCGAUCGCGUUGAAAAUAAGAAGAACGUGCCUGGUAAAACUGGAAGCUUACUUGGUAUAGCUGAGUUCUGGACCGAACGAGAUAAUAAUGUGAAGAAGACUGCUAAUAAUGGAACCUCUACUCCGCAUCCACGUGGCGAGAAGAUAGAAUAUGAAUCCUCUACUCCACAAACUCCUACCGAGAUUAAACCGUUGAAAAUGCCGUCUAUUAUUUUGCCGCCUUCUUUCAAGAGAAAAGCUUCUGCUCCUGUCAGACCAGAAGCGAACGAGACACAACACGUGGCUACAAGUGAUUCUAACGUCCCAAAGGAAGUGAGAAAUGGGUCUGAAGCCAAGAGGUCUCGUACUGUUGUUCCUAACGAAGUGGUUAGGGAAAGUCAAUCUCAAGCAAAGCCGAGGAUCAGAGUUUCUACUAACAUUCCUGGACAAGCAGCGCAACAGGAAAAGUCUGAGUUCCAUGGGCAUGAAGAGUUGAUAGCGCUUAUAGGAAGGAGCUCUUUGCGUGCCACGAUUGAAAGUCGUACCCUAGCUAUGAUACCAAGUGGCCACACGAAAAGGAUGAGAAGCCUCGCUCUUUCUCCUUCAAACCGUGAUCUUUUUGCUACAAGUGCAUUGGAUGGUGUCGUUCAUUUUUGGAAGCUUCAGUCUGAUAGGUCCUCAGCUACUCUGUUUAAGACGGUUAAUAGGGUAGAAGUAGAUCAGAAGAGAUGGGCAGAAGAUAUAGCUUGGCAUCCACACAAUAGUGCUCUUUUCUCUGUCUAUACCGCAGAUGAAGGUCACGCUCAGAUAUCAGCCUUAUACCUGAACGAAGCUCGAGAGACUUGCGAGUCAAAGUUUCUAAAGGACAGGCCUCACAGCAAAGGUCUAAUCAACAGAAUCAUGUUCACGCCUUGGGAUGAUCCUUGUUUCAUCACAGGCGGGUGUGACCAUGCAGUAGUGUUAUGGCGUGAACAAUGUGAGAGUAACGCAUGGAAGUCCAGGCUCCUGCAUAAGGACUUGCACACGUCAGCCGUGAUGGGAGUAGCUGGAAUGCGCCAUAACAAUCUCGUCUUGUCAUGUGGAGACGACAGGAGAUUUGUUGGGUUCGAUGCCAGAGAAGAAAAAGUCACAUUCAAGCAUAGACUAGACAACAAAUGCACAAACUUGCUGCCAAACCCUCGAGAUGUUAACCUUGUCAUGCUUCAAACAAGGCAGCUAGACAGGCAACUUCGGUUGUACGAUGUAAGAUUGCCUCAGACAGAACUAUUUUCUUUCGGGUGGAAGCAAGAAAGCAGCGAAUCGCAGUCGGCUCUAAUCAACCAGUCCUGGUCUCCAGAUGGUUUACACAUCUCAUCUGGCUCCUCAGACCCGGCGAUCCACAUCUUUGACAUCCGCUACAACGCGGCGAGCCCGUCUCUGUCGAUCAAGGCUCAUAAGAAAAGAGUGUUCAAAGCUGAGUGGCACUCUUCUAAUCAGCUACUUGUCUCCAUCUCUUCAGAUUUAGAAAUUGGGAUCCACAAGCUAUGGUGAAACAUUAAAACAGCUUGAGUAUUGCAACUUUGCCACACGAGAGAAGUUGGUGCUAUCGAUAGAAAAGUUCGGCUUCAUCACAUCACCCACGCUGGAUACAAAAUUCUUAUUGGGAGUUGCGUAGUUUCAGUCCAGGGUCUUAAGACACCUGGCUUGUUUUAACAUUUUUGGUUCAUGUACUGAGGAUAACAGCAAAAUAAUUGUAGCUCUCUCUAUACAUCAGUUUUGUCGCAUUUUGCGGAUAUUCUGACAGUCUAAUCUCAUGCCCCUAAUCAUCAA